AUGAAACGGGAAUCCAACCUCGCCGUCUCUCCCCCACCUCCCGACUCUUCCCUCACUGUCACAACCCCCACCGUCGGUUCUGCCAUGUCAUCCUCAUCACCAACCUCCAUCGAACUGCCCGACCUUGUCAAAAUCCGCGUCAUCGGCAUUGGUGGCAGCGGCACUGUCCAUCACGUCCGCCACUCCGUCACUGGCCAAUCAUACGCCCUCAAGAUCAUCGGUGGAUCCUCUGAGGACUCCACCCGCAUCCAAAUCUCCCGUGAGAUCAAUAUCCUCCGUGAAGCUGACAGUCCCUUUAUCAUCAAACACCAUGCCAUUUUUGAAGAAGGCGAUGAAACGAAAAUCCUCCUCGAAUACAUGGAUAAAGGCCACAUUGGCUCCCUCGGCCGCAUCCCUGAGCCGAAACUGUCCAAGUUCGCCCGCCAGAUACUCCUCGGCCUCACCUACCUUCACGGCAAAAAGAUCGUACACUGCGACAUCAAGCCCAUGAAUAUCUUGAUGGACACUGAGGAUCACAUUAAGAUUUGUGACUUUGGUUUGAGCCAAAAGGCAACCAGGAUCUGCCAGGCAGGAGGGACGUUCGCAUACAUGAGCCCAGAGUGGGCCAGUGAGAAGUUUUCCGAUGGAUAUGCCAACGACAUCUGGGGCCUUGGUGUGUCCCUUCUUGAAUGUUAUUUGGGGAAACAUCCACUCAAGCACGACGACGAGGAGUUGAUGGAUUGGCCUUGCAUGUUGUAUUUGUCUACUUAUAAUGAGACGCUGAAGGCGCCACCUGGCUCAUCUGUGUAA